AAAUCAUAGAUGAAUGGGUGCCCUUUCAUGUUCUUUGUGCUGUUUCCAUUUCAAGAAACUGGCAAGACAGUAAUAAAUGGAUUAUAUAUCCUAGCAUAUGAUUUUUCCCUUUUUCUAUGUGUACUGAUUAUAUGAGAUAAAAAAGGAGAAAGUAUAAUUUUCUAGCCUGCUCUCUAUUAUUUAGAAGACAGGAAUGACCUUGAAGAGAGGACUUAAUAACACUAGCCAAGUGGAAAUUACUUAAAAGGAAAAUACACACAGUAUUCCAAUGUUUAAAAGCAAAAAAAGCAAAAAUGUGUUUGUUUGGUUUUGUUUGUUGGUGUUUUUUUUUUUUAAUUUGGGAGUGUAAGAAAUAAUUUUCAAUCUGCUAAGCACUUUACCUCAAGAAAACUUGCAUUCCUUGAAAGACUUGAAUUCCAGAUCAAGUCGCUUACAUUAAAAUAUUCAGAUCUAUUUUUGUCCUAGUAAUUGGCUUUAUCAAAUGGUACGGUGACUUUUAAUAUAGAAUGUAAUUUACUGUGUUCUAUAAAACUUCUUUCAGUUCAGCAAGAAAAACUUAAAGAUAUACAGUCUAACUUGCCAAAUAUAACUUGAUUCAGACCAUUUACAGGUAAAAAAUAAAUUACUGUAUUAGGACUAAACUCUUGUAAAGGUAGGAUUCUGACCAUACCAAAGGUUAUACCUUGUUUGCAGUUCUACAGUCAGUAGGAAUUACUGAGGAAUUACUCAGAAAAUAGCAAGUUCUGCUAAGCUUAAUUUUUCAGCUGCACAAAAAUCACUUUCUGGUAUAACUAAUAUCAGUCAUUAGAGAUAAUCUGAAAUUGGAGACCUCAUGACAGUUUGCUGCCUGGACUUUUUCUCCUGCUCCUGGAUCACAGUGGCUAGUUUAUUCUGUCAUCCAUUCCUACAUUUCCAUGUGGCAAGUGCUUGCAAGAAUGAACGACUAACUAGAGAGAUUAGAAAAAGCAAACACAUACAUGUAUUGUCUGUUCUAGUGCAGUUGAAUGUAGAAGAACAUGGAGAGUAUGCUGGUACACAAGCAACGGGAAGGUUGAAGUCCUUAUGGUUACAAAUACAGCGUGAACUCAGAUUGAGGAAACUAAUAGAGGUUUCAGAGUAUCAAGAGGAACUAAAAUACGACUUCAAUAUAAAAGGGGAACUGAGGCACCUGGAUACAAAUGAAUCCUUUGUUUUCAUUUACUACAAGAAUGGACAUGAGCAGAAUCAUAAAUGCUACGAAGUUCUGGGACAUUUUAUUACUCAGUAUGUUUAUGAGCUCCUGGAAAGAGUCUGCAUGCUGCAGAAGGUUUAUAUUCCUACUGAUGCUACAGAGGAUGAACCAAGAAGCUUCUUCUUCAUGAGCAAGGAUGCAAUAACAAGUUCCUCUAGCCUAAUUAUCCUUCUUCAAGACCGUGGAGUUUUUUGUGCUGGACAGUGGGGGCGAAGGGCAAUUGUCAGUGAGGGCCUGAAACAUGGAACACAAAUACCAUUCAUCAAAAUGGCCCUGCAAAGCCACUGGGAAGUGAUUGUACUGAACCCCAAUGACAAUUUCACUGAUCUGAAUACUGAAAAGGAGAGAUUUUCUGCCAGGGAAGAAGCGCUUACUUUUACACAGUCUGUCUGUUGGAUCCCCAAAAGGGGCAGCAGCAGCCCUGAAGUGCAUAGCGUGUAUGUAUGGGAUCAUUUCAUUGCAAAGAGUGCAGCCAGGAACGUGGCCUUCAUUGCCCAUGGCUAUGGUGGGUUGGUGUUUGUUGAUCUGCUGGUGCAGAGGAAAUGUGAGGUGAUGAAUAAAGUGUGCUCCGUGGUGUUCAUCGACUCCACACACAGCAUGCAGCACCAGAGCAGACAUGAUCCAGAAAUACAGGAAUGGAUACACAAAAACUGCCGAGAAUGGGUGUCUAACAGUAAACCCCUAAAUAAAACUGUGCAAUUUCUCAUGAGAGCAAAUUGUCCUACUUUCUCUGCUGGAACAGAAAAGUAUGGUUUAGCACUCUCCUGCUGCUUAGAACCCAUCUUUAAGUACCUGAAAAGCGUGCUGAAAGCCAAGAUCAUAACAGUCUUGAGGAAUUCACCAGUUGCAACUAGAAGCAGCACAAGAAAGAAGAGAGGCGAUAAAUAAAGGUACACUGGUUUGUUCUUGA